UGUUUUUAAUAACAUGUUAAUUAUUAUCUGAAUGUGAAACAAAGAUUUUUUGCUUAUGUCAGUGAUGUUGAGUUAUUGAAGAAUUCCCGGUUGACUUCAGACUGUUAUUAGUAAAAAUAUAGCCAUAGUUAGAGACUUGAAGUUAAAACUGAUAUACAAUAAUAUAAUGUCUCCUCCCGUUUCUAAAGAUGAUGUUGUGGACUUAAAAGAUGAAAUUCUCAGCAAUCAAAACAUGUUGAAGGAUUAUCUGCAGUUUAAGUUUGAUAGACUUGAAUCUGAUUUAAAUGUAAUAGUAAAAAAAAUCGAUCUCAUGAAAGCAGAUCAGGACAAAAAUAUGUCUGCGUUGUUGGAAGAAAAUGCUCAGCUGAGAACGAAAUUUGAUAUUUUGCUCAAUAGAAUGAACAAUUUGGAACAAUACAACGGAAAGCAUAAAAGUCAGAAUAUAUCUAGUGUCUUCAAUGUAAGGGGAAAUUUCAACUCGGAAGCGCAAGCUGAUAAUGCUGAUGAUAGGUUUUGUCAAGGAAGAAGAGAUAAGUUUCGUCAGGGAAGAAGAAUAGUAAUUAAAGAUAAUAAACAUAACUCAUCAGGAGACUUCAACUUGUUUAAUCGCAGAGAAAAUAUGAACAAGCCUGUUGGAUCAAAAGGUAAACAGAAUAGAUGUACUGUUGAAGAUAGAAAAGAGAGUUUUAUAAAAGAUCCUGCAAAGCGAGACAAGCAUGAAGGUGCAGUAAAGAAUUAUACUGGAAGGGGUAGUGUUCCCUCAGCUGUAAGUAUAUUUGAAGAAUUUAUUCUCAAUAAGGACUACAAAGAAGUUUGUCUGUGUAUUGAACUAUACGUUGGACCCGAAGACAGGAAGAAUUUGAUCAAGCAAAUGAUUGAUUACACGUUUUCUGCAAAAUCAAGCAAUUUCCAUGAAUUGGGACUACUUCUAGUUAAAUUUGUAGUUUCAAACGUUGUGGCUUCUACUGUCAUCAUAGAAAUACUUCAUGAGUACUUGGAUGACACUAUAAAAUAUAAGGCAUGGAUUGAUAUUCCAAAAAUUUUUCAGUAUUUUUCUGAAUCUCUUUUUCCACUCAUUCGAUACUGUAUUGUAGGUGUGAGUGAUUUGUCUAAAAUGUAUCAAACUCAUAUAGAUACUGCUGGCCAGAACAUUAAAAAGUUUGUAACGGUUCUUAAAAAUUUGUUGACUGAGAAAUUUGGUAAUAAAUGGGUGAGCACAAAGUUUGGACACUUGGACCUUGAAGUUGACAUGCAGAAUGAUAAUGACAAGGAAGAUAUACAAUUUGUUUUGUUUACAAAUGAUACUCCAGACACAAAAGGAAUGUCAAUGAAUGAGCUGCAAUCUAAACUUGUUGAUUUAAUUCAGAAUAAUGUGACAGGUGAGGAUCUUCAUGAAUGGAUUCAAAUUCAUGUUGGUAAUGAGGUACUCAAACCUGAUUUUAUAAAUGUUUUGACAACAGCAAUCUGCAAUGUUUCAUUUGAUUUAUUGAAAAAGCCUUACACCGAAGCCAAACUAAAAAAUUAUUCAAGCCUGUUAAGGAAGUAUGUCACUAUUCCUGGCAAUCACAAUCUGGAUGUUGCGUGUCUGAUGUCAGUUGCUGAUUUUGUGCAUAAAUUAGGACGUCCUGAAGGGCUAUUGUCGAUGAUUUUCAAGUUUCUGUGGGAUACUAGUCUUAUCGAAGAUGAAGCUUUCAUUACUUGGAAACAUUGUGAGGGUGUGAAGCGGGAAAAUAGCAAAUUACUCGAGUCUCUUGAGUCAUUCUACACUCGAAUCAAUGUUUAGGAUUAAACAUAAAUGCCUAUAGCCUUCUAUUAUCCUUUGCUCAGUUCUGUUAUGUGAAGAUUAUUAUAUAAGGAUAGUAAUAAUAAUUAAUCAAUAUAUUUUCAGCUCAGAAUAAAAAAUUCACAACCCUCAACCAUGCUCAAGUAAUCACAUAAAAUUACUACUCCUAAUAAUUAAUCAAUUUAUCUUGGAAUAAUCAUCUUAUUUGACACUCAUUGCUCAUGUGGACUAAUAAUUCGUUUUUAUUUUUUAUAUUGUCUUAAUUUGUUGUCUUUUAAAAUAAAACUUGUGAUUCAUUUAUUCCUUUAUUGUCGUUAGUUUGUUCCUAUUAUGUUCUCUCUUUCGAAACUAGAAAACUGUAGAUACUUAUUCUCCCAAUAGGUAACAUUACAAAAGUAUAUUUUUCAAUUUUAUUCAAAUCCAAUCAAUUAACAACUUGUAUUAUACAUUAUUAUAAGUACCGUAGGCCUAGUAUACGUUUUUGUAGAUCUCUCUAUUUCUGCUUUAAUUUCAAUACUGUUUUUAAACAGUUUCUUGAUUCUAUUCU